AUGCCCUUGCUAACCUCGGCUCAGCCCUUCAAUGUUCUUCCCAGUUAUCCAUCCUUCUGUUAUUCCUACAAUGGCCAACUGACUGGAAGGAAGGACCAAAAGUCGCCCGAAGAAGUAAUGGACAUCGAACUGGCUGACUCUUGGAUAGCCCCGAUAGUAAAAUACUUGGAACACAAUGAGCUCUCAAUCGACAAGAAUGAAGCACGCUGCCUGAGAGCAAAAGUCGUCAGGUUCACCAUAUACAAGGGUCAGCUCCUUAGGAAAUCAUUCUCUGGUCCCUACCUUAAGGCCAUAAGCCCAGAAGAAGCUAAACGGGUUCUCGCUGAACUCCAUAAAGGCAAAUGUGGAAACCAUGCAGGAGGACGCAACCUUGCCCACCAGGUGAUCACUGUUGGCUACUAUUGGCCAACCAUAUGCACUGACUCAGCAACUUAUGCGAAGAAAUGUGAUAGUUGUCAGAGGUUCACCCAUGUCUCACACCUCCCACCCGAGUGA